AUGGGAGCUUACGGAGAAGUCCGAUUUGAGAGUCGUGAUGAGCUAGAGAAACAUGAGGAUGAAAUCUUGGACAAGCUCGAUGAGUUUGGAUGUACAAUAACAUACUGUCCUGACGACCUCAAGGUUGAGCUUGUGCGCAAUGGUGGUUACAACAUCGACGUCGACGAGAUCAAUGCAGCAAUGGAGAAAUAUGGCGGGAAAGUUGUGGUGACUGGAUAA